AUGGUUUACCACGCACUCACAAGACAUCCCAACGGCAAACGCCUCCUUGCCCUUGAUGGAGGUGGUGUCAGAGGAAUAAUGGGUCUCGUCGUCCUCAAAGAGCUUAUGCAGCGUGUCCAAAAGCGCAAAGGCCUCGCCGAGAUUCCUCGCCCAUCCGACUACUUUGAACUUGCUGGCGGUACAAGCACUGGUGGUAUCAUGGGCAUCAUGCUCUUCAGACUACGCAUGAGCGUAGACGAUACCAUCAAUGAGUAUGACAGAAUUGCCAAGAGCAUCUUCAGUCCCAAGUUCUGGGGUCGUGACGUCAGCUGGAUACCUGGCUCAAGGAUCUUCAAUAACAGCAAAGCUUUGGUUCAAGACAGUCGUUUUGAUGCAGCGUCUAUGAGCAAAGCUAUCGAUGAGGCCGUGGAGAAGUAUGGUCUCGAUGAGAACGAUAAAAAGUUAAGAGGAAACGCCCCUCUUCAGCAUGAGGGGGGUGCACGAAUGUUCUGCUGCACCACUGCUCAGAAUAGAGCCGAAUCUAUGUUGAUGAGAUCUUACAAAGAUAGCACAAUCUAUACUAAAUCCAAGGUUAACGACGCUCUUCUCAAACACGGCGACAAGCUAACUAUCAGCAUCGCUGCUCGCGCCACAUCCGCCGCGCCUACCUUUUUCCCCGAAGUCAAGUUUCCCGAGGACAAGCCUGACCUUGUAUUCUGGGAUGGCGGUCUCUUGAACAAUAACCCCAUCGACCAACUCUGGUAUACACGCUUCGAGCUUGUUGAACCUUCAGAACCAGCCCCUUCAGUCUCAUGCGUCAUCAGCUUGGGCACCGGCUACGUGAGCCCAGGUAAAGCUAAGCCGUCAUGGAUCAAGGUCGUUGGUGUCGCAUCAAAGGUUAUGGACUUUGCGACCAAUACCAAUGUCAAGGGCAAAGACUUUUCGAGACACAUGAAGCAUUUAAAUGCGAGAGAGGAACAUAAGGAUACAAAGUAUAUCCGUUUCAACCCGUAUAUGAAGGAGGAGAUUGGGUUGGAUGAUUAUACGAGAAUGGAGGAAUUGAAGGACCUUGCAAGGAAGACUAUGGCUGAUCCAAAUGAGACGAAUCAGUACUGGAUCGAGCAGGCCGUUGAUGCUAUAUGCGAUACUAAGUAG